ACUCGGCGUCCUUCCGGUCUUCGUCCGCUCCAUAAAUGCAACAGGCCGAAAGAAACCCAAAGUUUUGACUUCGGCCCGCCAAAGGUCGGUUGCAGCUCUUGCAACAUGACCAUCAAUCCUGGGGCGUUGUUUUUUGCGGCGUUCUCCCUAGGAAUUUGCUGGCUGUGCAGAACCCGAGCGACCUUUCUGGGUUCUUUGGAAGCACUUGACGUUUUCUCUGAUUUUGGUACCGACUCAGCCUUUGAAGGGGCGGAAUUUGAGGUUGCGCUCCUGUCUUGCUCCUGCGAAGAGGGCCCGGGCGGGCCGCCAUCUUGCAAUGGACAACGGUGUUCCCUCCGAGCCUGGGGGGAACUCUAUGCCUUUGAAUUCAUGAAUGACGGAGCGCUCCUUUCUCCCUCUUUCGUGAGCCACCGAAAGUUGGACGCUUCUGCUACUUUGCUCAGGCGUUUCUGGGGCAAUUGCUUUGCCGGGGGGAAGGCCCUAAGUCCCCCAGGGGCAGAAGGAUGGGUGACGUAUUGUGAAGGGCAGCUGCAAGGGUUUGUCAUUGUCCGUGGUGAGAAGGUUCACAUUAGGCCUGUGAGAAGCCAACACCCAACCCUGUGGAUGGACCCAGGUCUUCCCAGCCCUCAUGUCAUCUUCAGGACUCAGGAGAGCGCCACGACAAUGGCACAGACAGAGCGAACCUUUCCACCUCGCAUUCGCCGAGGGGCUGAAGCGGACGUAAAACACCUGGAGCUCCUAGUCGUGGUGGGCUCAGAUGUCUACCGCUUCCACAAGGAAGACACCGAGAGGUACAUUCUCACCAACCUGAACAUUGGAGCAGAGCUUCUUCGAGAUGCUUCACUGGGAGCUCAGUUUAGGGUUCACCUGAUCAAAAUGAUUGUCCUUACACAACCUGAGGAAGGCAUUGCUAUCUCCGCCAACAUCACUUCCUCGAUCAUCAGUCUUUGCGAAUGGGCCACGAAGGUCAACCCUGAGAACGAUUCGGAUCCUUACCAUGCAGAUCUUGUUCUGUAUGUGACCAGGUUUGACCUGGAGCUCCCUGAUGGGAACAAGCAGGCGCGUGGCAUCACCCAGCUGGGCGGGGCCUGUUCCACCUCUUGGAGCUGUGUCAUCACGGAGGACACAGGAUUUGGCUUGGGAGUCACCAUUGCCCAUGAGAUUGGACACAGCUUUGGGAUCCAGCAUGACGGAGAAUGGAACCGAUGCUCCGGGAGCGGACAUAUUAUGGGCUCCGAAGGUGGGCAGAACAGUGUGGACCUGACUUGGUCUGUGUGCAGCAGGGAACAACUCUCAGCCUUUGUCAGUACAGGCCAAGCAAGCUGCACGGAUGACCUGCCAGACCUCAAGGGCGGGAUCCCAGGAGGGAAGCCAGGCUUGUAUUAUGGGGCAGACGAGCAGUGCAAAAUCGCCUUUGGGGCUGACGCCACAGCCUGCACUUUUGCCGCACACGACAUGGACAUGUGCAAAGUUCUCUCUUGCCACACGAAUCCAGCCGACCAGUACAGCUGUACCCGGCUCCUUAUUCCCCUCUUGGAUGGUACCGAAUGCGGGAUCAACAAGUGGUGCUCGAAGGGCCGCUGUAGUUCUCUGGAAGACCUGCAUCCCGUCGCGAUGGUCCACGGUCACUGGUCUAGCUGGACCGCCUUCACCGCCUGCUCCCGGAGCUGCGGAGGGGGAAUUGUGGCCAGGCGGCGGCAGUGCAACAACCCCCGGCCAGCUUUCGGCGGUCGUCAGUGCGAGGGGGAAGAAUUGCAAGCGGAGAUGUGCAACGUGAAGCCCUGCCAGUUGACGCAGCUGGAUUUCAUGGACGAACAGUGCGCAGUGACGGACACGAAACCGCUUUACCUCCGUCCGGAGACCCCAUCCUUUUAUAAGUGGAUUUCGGCUGCUGGCUAUGCGGAAGGAGACACCAUGUGCAAACACAUGUGUAGGGCAUCCGGGAAGAAUUUCAUGGUGAGCCGCGGGGACCGAUUCGCAGACGGGACGAGGUGCGAGCAGAACAGCCCUGCGGACCAGGGAGCCCUUGGCGCCUGCGUGAUGGGCGGUUGCAGGGUAUUUGGGUGCGACGGCAGGAUGGAUUCCGGGAAGAGGAUGGAUGCGUGCCGAGUGUGCGGCGGGGACAACACGACGUGUUUCAGUGUGAAGGGCUCUUACACCGAAGGGAAAGCCAGAGAGUAUGUUACUUUUCUGCUGCUGUCUCCUCACACCACCACCGUCCAUGUGGUUAACCGGAAGCCGCUGUUCACGCACUUGGCUGUGAAGGUCCAGGGGCGGUACGUGGUGGCUGGCAUGGGCAGUAUCUCCUUAAAUAUCUCCUACCCCUCCGUCGUAGAGGACCGCCGGAUCGAAUACAAAGUCUUCCUCACCGAGGAGGACCUGCCGAGCUCGGAGGAGAUUCGUGUGGAUGGACCGGUCGAACAGGACAUAGAGAUACAGGUCUACAGGAAGUAUGGGAAGGCGUACGGAGGUACCACCAGCCCAGACAUCGCCUUCACCUAUUUCAGACCGAACGAGAAACGGGCCCACGUGUGGGUUCCACAGCUCGGCCCCUGCUCGGUGACCUGCGGGGAAGGCGCUCUGCAGGUCAGUCAUUCCUGCUUUGACCCGUCGAGAGGUGAAAUAACAGGUGACUUCCAUUGUCUGAAGACCCCAAAGCCCCCUGCUAGGUGGGAGCCUUGUGCUGUGGCCCCCUGCCUGCCUCGCUGGGUGGAAGCCGAGCCAGGUCGGUGCUCUGCCGUUUGCGGCUUAGGGGUCGCCCCACUGAACUCGUCUUGCGUCCAGGUCCAUGAUGGGCUGGAAACUACGGUGGAGGAGAGCUUGUGCCCGGCGGGUGAGAGGCCCCCGGCUUUUGUGUCUUGCACGGUGAACAUCUGCCCGUUGGGAUGGAACACGCAGGAAGACGUGCCCUACACGAAGCCCUCUGAACCAGUUUGGCCCCAUCUGGUUGGAAAUUGGUCAGGGUUCGUCUGGAGCCCCCUGGCUGGAGAAUGCUCUGUCACCUGUGGACGAGGUUUGAUGUUACUGAGUUAUGUUUGCCUGGUUUUUGACACCAAAGAAGAAGCGCAGGAGGACCAUUGUAACCAGACACUGAAGCCAUCGAGCCGGCUGGAAACGUGCAAUCCUGGGCCGUGUCCCCCAAGGUGGGAAGUGAAGGAACUUUCCCCAUGCCCCGUGACCUGUGGUGGAGGGAAGAUACCUCUCUUGAUCCGCUGCGUCAGGCAGGAUAUAAACGCAACCCGGACUCUUCCUCACUCCAAGUGUGGCAGAAUUCACAGGCCAGCCAGUAGCAAGGAAUGUGCUACUGAUCCGUGCCCAGCAAGGUGGUUCUACAAAAACGGCACUUGCAGCUCCAGCUGUGGCGGAGGCGUGAUGCGGAAGGUCCUUUACUGUGCGCGGGAGACGGGGGAGAAGGAGGAAGAGGAAGAGAUCCUGCCCGGCGCGCACUGUGAGCGUUUGCCUCGCCCCGAAGAACAGGAAGCGUGCAACCUGGAGCCCUGCCCCCCGAGGUGGAAAGUGAUGGCGACCGGCCCGUGUUCUUCCUCCUGCGGCCUCGGCAUAGCCACGCGGUCAGUCUCCUGCGUACAGCUUUCCGGAGGCCAAGAGGUCGUGCUGGCCCAAAGCAGGUGCCCGGAAGCGGAGAAGCCCCCGUCGAGCGUGCCGUGUGUCAUCCGGAUGUGCCCCUAUGAAUGGGGAUUCACCCAGUGGACCGAGUGUUCUGUGACUUGUGGAACCGGCAUCCAGAGACGGCAAGAUUUCUGCCUCAACCCCCAAACCGGGGCCCGGGUGAACCCCGUCCUGUGCAUGCGCUCUCCGAAGCCCAUGAUGGUGCGAGCCUGCUCCGUCGCGGCCUGCCCCGGACAGGCUGCAGAAGAUGUGAUUCUCGGGCCGGAUCUCCGGCCUCGGCCUCCAGACCGUCUGACGACUACCGCGGUUACCAUGGUUCCUGGAGAGCCGAGAUACAGGGCUGUAGAUCUUCCACCACUCGGUGGACCAUCUCCUUCCGUGACACGCUCUGAGGUCAUACCUGGGAUGGACGAUGCUGAGGAGAAUAGUGUGUGCGGGAGGCUGUUCCUCAAUGCCACAGGGACGAUCAACAUGACCGGUGCGGGAGUCAGGGACUGCACCGCUGCCAUUGGACGGCCCUUGGGGGAGGUGAUCAGUUUCCAAGUGAUGGAGGCCUCUUUGAACUGCAGCACAGGUGAGAUGGUGCUGUUCUCCACCCGGAUCAUGUGGCGCGUAGGCUGUAAGAAGCUGACCGUCUCAGCCAUGCAAACCAGGACCAACACCCUGAUGGUGAGACAGCGCCUCCUGCAGCCUGGGAACGGAAUAGUCCUUCGGUACAGCAGCAGAACAGCCUCGAGGAAACAUCACCAAGACUGUGACGUGCAACUGUUCGGUCCUCGCGGAGAGAUCGUGAGCCCCGUGCCGUCGGCCAUCAGGGGAUUGCAGGUGGCUUGCAGGACCUUUAUUGACGUGGCUCCACGGCAUCGUAUUGCCAUCCACGCUGUAUACGUGGCCCUGAGCGGUGGUCCUGCCAACCAGACACACUCCACUUACAUCUCGAUUCGAGACGUUGACGCCAUGAAGACGGCGGUUUUCCGUGGAAACCAGCUGUUCUACUGGGAAUCGACUGGGAGCCGGGCCGAAAUCGAAUUCAGCAAAGACUUUGCCAGCGGUAGUUUCCGAGCGCAAUACUGGGUCACGGCGCCCAAAUGAACACAACUGCGGUCGCUCUGUUGUUGCUGAUGGGGUGACCAGCUGAAAAGAGGACCAUAUUUCAGCCUUUGUCAACCUGGGGCCCUAUCCAAGCCAUCUGGAGGGCCCCAGGUUGGCAAAGGCUGCUAUGUUUCCUAGGGUUAUAUAGCCGGGCGGGGGUGGGGGGAAUUUGGCGGGGUGCAACUUGUCCCGCAAGGUGGUGAAAAGCAGCAUCUCCUGAAAUUCCCUCCUUUCAGACUUGAAAGGGGCAGGGGCUCUGCCUGUGACCAGAUUUGCUGAGGAGGGGGAGGAAGACUUCCUCUGCUACCGGGUCACAGUUUGACCUCCACCAAGUCACUUAACCCUCUUCAAUUGCUUAUCCUUUGUAACAGGGAGAUUCUUACUUCUUUUGGGUGCUAAAAAGUCGUCACAGAGAUCUUGUAGUGAAAUGGUUCUAGGGAUGCGAACUCAACAUAUUAGUCUCAAAAUA